AUGUGCUCAAGGCCGAGUUGCCAGUCGGCUCCAGGUCUCGCGGGUCUCGAGCCAGGACCCUCUCGGCCAAUCGAUCAUUCGGUCAAGAUCUGCGUCGCCUCGCCGACGGGCCGAAAACAGGGCCCCGCCGCCAUGCAGCCGGACUCGACUACCGCUGUCCUCCAGAGUCCUUCCAUCACGCCCACCCCCUCACCGGUACUCGCUCCUCGAGCCCACGACCAUGCGACGCCGGUCCGAGGCGCUGAGGCGUCUGGACUGCAAAAGCGGCACUCGGUCGAGGCGUCAAUCUCGGUCUUAAGUGGCCCCAGAGAAGCCCAUCUCACCAGCCUACAGUCGGAGUGA